AUGCCUUGCUUGGCGCACGAGUACCACCCCAGGCUCCCGGCCGCUAACCACUGCAAGUCCCUCUCCUGCCUCAUCCGGGAGACCUACGCCCACUGCCAUGUCCCCUGCCUCAGGACCCCCGGCGCCCGGUGGAGCUCCGACGACGACAGCGACGACGACGACGACAUGCUCGACACGAAACAGGUGGCGGCAGAGCAUGCUACAGUCAUGUUCUUGCUCGAUUCACUUGAGGUCAUAAGUAACGGCAGAGUAAGAUGCCUUGCGUUGAUGCUGCAGGUGAUACUCAACGAGAUGAGGAGGCGGCAGCUGAGGAAGGAGUCGCGGUGCGGCGCGGGCUCGCCGACUCUGUCCAGCGCCUUCGUGUGGUCUUUCACCCCGCUCGUUCUGGAGAAGGUGUCCAGCCCUGAGAAGUUCGUCGUGGUGGAAGGGGGGCAGAAGGGAGAGGCGGAGGCGGGCAGCGACGACGGCGACGCCGAGAGCGAGGCCUUCUUCUCGGUGAAGAGCUUCUUCACGCGCAGCACGAGCCGGGCGGCGACCGUGGCGUCGUUGACGGACAUGGGCCCGCCGGCGACGUGGGAGGGCUUCCGGGACUGCGAGGGGUGGCCGUUCGGGCUGUGCCGCCGCCCCGCCGUGCCGCCGCUGCCCAGCACGCCGGCCGACUCCUGGCAAUGGCGAAAGCAGAGCAGCGGCCGCAACCUCGCCGUCGCGACGAGCCCGCGCCCUGCAUACGGUCACAAGAUCACAGCGACUUGA